GUGCCCGAGUUGCCGCCCGGCGCUGCCGCCGCGCUCGGGGAAAGUUGCGCUCCCGCAGGGCGGCGGCGGCGGGACCGGAGCGCGCUGCCUCUUUCCCUCUCUGCCUUCUUCUUCCUCUUCCUCCUCCUCGAUGCGGCGGAAGCAGAAGCGGCUGCUGCAGGCGGUGGGGCUGGCGCUGGUCGCCCUCGUCUUCUUGCCCAACGUGGGGCUGUGGUCCCUGUACCGCGAGCGGCAGCCGGAGGGCGGCGGGGCGGCCGGCGGGGAGAGCGCCGCCGCGGGGGCAGCGGCCGGGGAGGCGCCGGCAUCAUACGUGAGGCAAAAGAAAGACCGUUACUUUGAUGAUGGACCAAGGAAAAAGGACUGGCAUAACAAAGAAGCUAUAAGGAGAGACUCUGAGCGUGUAGGAAAUGGGGAACAGGGAAAACCUUACCCAAUGACUGAUGCAGAGCGAGUGGACCAGGCAUACAGGGAAAAUGGCUUUAAUAUCUUUGUGAGUGAUAAAAUUUCUCUGAAUCGUUCCCUUCCAGACAUCAGACAUCCAAACUGCAAGAAUAAGCUGUACCUGGAGAAGCUUCCGAACACUAGCGUGAUAAUACCGUUCCACAAUGAAGGAUGGUCCUCUCUCCUCCGAACAGUGCACAGUGUCCUAAACCGCUCCCCUCCCGAGCUGAUAGCAGAGAUAGUGCUGGUGGAUGACUUCAGCGACAGAGAGCACCUGAAGAAACGCCUGGAAGAUUAUAUGGCUCAGUUCCCAAAUGUAAGAAUCCUCCGAACCAAAAAGAGAGAAGGGCUGAUAAGGACUCGAAUGCUGGGAGCCUCUAUGGCGAUAGGGGAUGUCAUCACCUUCUUGGAUUCCCAUUGUGAGGCCAAUGUGAACUGGCUGCCACCUCUGUUAGAUCGCAUUGCCCGAAACCGCAAGACAAUCGUUUGCCCUAUGAUUGAUGUUAUUGAUCAUGACCACUUUGGAUAUGAGACGCAGGCUGGAGACGCAAUGCGAGGUGCAUUUGACUGGGAGAUGUAUUACAAGAGGAUCCCUAUUCCUCCUGAGUUACAGAAACUUGAUCCCAGUGAUCCUUUUGAGUCUCCUGUAAUGGCUGGAGGACUGUUUGCAGUCGAUAGAAAGUGGUUCUGGGAGCUGGGAGGGUAUGAUGCAGGUCUGGAGAUAUGGGGAGGAGAGCAGUAUGAAAUAUCCUUUAAGGUAUGGAUGUGUGGAGGUCGCAUGGAGGACAUCCCUUGCUCUAGAGUUGGUCACAUCUACAGAAAAUAUGUUCCAUACAAGGUUCCAACAGGAGUCAGCCUGGCAAGAAACUUGAAGCGGGUGGCGGAGGUGUGGAUGGAUGAAUAUGCAGAGUACAUAUACCAGCGCAGACCAGAGUACCGGCAUCUUUCUGCAGGGGACGUUGCAGCUCAGAAGGAACUUCGCAACAACCUCAACUGCAAGAGUUUCAAGUGGUUCAUGAAUGAGGUCGCGUGGGACUUGCCGAAGUUUUACCCACCAGUGGAGCCACCAGCAGCUGCUUGGGGAGAGAUACGCAAUGUAGGGACAGGAUUGUGUGUGGAUACUAAGCAUGGAGCCCUGGGAUCCCCACUGAGGCUGGAAAACUGUGUGAAGGACAGAGGAGAGGCGGCAUGGAACAACGUGCAGGUAUUCACGUUCAGCUGGAGAGAAGACAUCCGUCCCGGGGAUCCUCAGCAUACCAAGAAGUUUUGUUUUGAUGCCAUUUCCCACAGCAGCCCUGUGACCCUCUAUGAUUGUCAUGGAAUGAAGGGGAAUCAGCUCUGGAGAUACCGAAAAGACAAGACCCUCUACCACCCAGUAAGCAGCAGCUGUAUGGACUGCAGUGAGAGUGACCGAAAGAUCUUUAUGAAUAGCUGCAAUCCUUCAUCUCCAACGCAGCAGUGGAUAUUUGAACAUACAAACUCAACUGUCUUGGAAAAAUUUAACAGAAAUCUUGAUCUUUAAAAGACUGAGAAUAUAUAUAUAUAUAUAUAUAUUUUACAAUUAUAGUUUUUACCGGGGAGGGUUACAAAAAAUUUUUUUAAGAAUACUUUUUUUUAAACAGUUAAUGAAGGUAAAAGGGAGACUCUCAGGAGAAGGUUAACUAGCAGGCCAGUCUUUAUUGUGAAGAUGCUGCAUCCUUCUCUUCUGGGGAUGGUGGAAUUUUAAAGGCUUUGCCAGAGCCACUCCUGUGCUGAGACUGGAACAGACACUCUGUUUUCAGAGGAGUCUGAAUGUGAUUCAAACUGCUUUUUUUUUUUUUCUUAUUUUAUUUCCCACCUGGGUCUGGUGUUAAAUGAUUUUGUUAUCCAGGACCUUCCAGGACUUUCUGUAGCUGCUAUACCACCGGCUGAAGCAUUCCCACAUAGGUGCUUUAUCUUCCAAAGUCCAUCUAAGUAAA